CUAUCUAAGCUUAGAACUCUAAACGUAACUCAUUUGUAUUCAGUUGUGAAAUAGUGAGUGCCCAAGCGUGAUCUUUUCUUAGAAUUCGUGAAUCGUAAUUACAGAACCAAAAUUAGAAAUCGUUCGGCUCGCAAACCAAUCACAAUAAACAUGGAUUUUUAUUAUUCACCCUACUCCUCCUUGAGUACUGCCAUUCUUAUGACUGGGAAGGCUCUUGGCCUCGAAUUUAACAAAAUUGUGGUCAAUGUCCGCCAACAGGAACAACUGAAGCCGGAAUUCGUGAAGCUCAAUCCUCAGCACACCAUUCCCACUCUCAACGACAACGGAUUCGUUGUUUGGGAAUCUCGAGCCAUUAUCACCUAUCUGGUUGAGAAGUACGCAAAGGAUGAUUCUCUUUACCCGAAGGAUCCUAAGAAACGUGCUCUUGUAAAUCAACGUCUCUACUUUGAUUUGGGAACCCUUUUCAAAACAUUCGCAGACUACUACUAUCCUCAGAUCCAACAGCAACCAGCUGAUCCUGAGCUAUUCAAGAAAGUGGAAGAGGCCUUGAGUUUCCUCAACAUUUUCCUGGAGGGUCAAAAAUAUGUGGCAGGUGAUUCCCUCACUGUUGCCGAUAUUGUUUUGCUUGCAAACAUUGCCAAUUUCAGAGUUGUUAACAUUGACUUGAGCAAAUACAUAAAUGUUGAAAGAUGGUAUGUGAAUGGUAAAAGAGUAGCACCUGGAUGGGAUGAAGUGGAAAAGACUGUGGAUAAGCUGUCGGAAUUUCUGGAAACAUUGAAGUAAAAUUUGUCUCUCUUAAAAUUAUGCAAUUCUUGACAACCUGCAAAUAUUUAAUUAACAAUUUUGGAUAAUAUCUAUCUGAACAAUGAAUAUUAGAAAUGUGUAUUUCAACUAGUGCUCUCUCCAAAUAAAGUAAUGAACUGCAAUUUA